GAUUCAUGUCUAGACAUGACGGGUGCCUUUUAACAACGAGAGCGAUUGGAAAUUAAGAGCCAUAGACGUUGCCCCAAUGCGAGUUUGGGGGCAAGAUAAAGCAAUCGGACACUUAAAUAAAGAAAAGUCAUUAGUGAUUAUCACCGGCAUCAAAGACGGCUUAAAAAUCGAUUUUCCCGAGAUACAGUCAAAAUAAUGAAUUAAGGUAUUGUGUGUCAAUGCUAGGGCACUUAAAGUCUCAAAAGUUUAAUUUUUUAAAUAAACUCAAAGGUGAUAGUUGUCCCGUUUGCCGUGGAAACUGGAAACCCAGGGAAUUCUAGAGGCCAUGGAUAUUUUUACCAACAUAUAAUCGAGAUAUUACUACCUGAUACCUACCAACUAUUACGAUCAACUGUGGCGUGAAUAACUGCUUCAAAACGGAUUUAUAAGAUAAAAAAUGGCACUAAUUCUCCAAUACAUAAAUGAUAUACACAUAUUUAUGGAUAAAUAUGGAGAUCCUCGAACGAAUCCAUGGUUCCUGAUGAGUUCACCAUUUCCUACAUUAAUAAUAUGUCUAAGUUAUAUAUGUCUAGUCAAGUUUUAUGGGCCCCGUUUUAUGGAAUCAAGAAAACCUUAUGAAUUAAAGAAUUUAUUAGUAAUAUACAACUUUUUGCAAGUAGUGUUCAGUGCAUGGCUAUUCUAUGAGAUCGGGGCCGCGGGCUGGUUCACAGGCAGGUAUAGCUUUCAGUGUCAACCCGUCGACCACUCGAAAAGUCCACAAACAAUGAGGAUGGUUAAUGCCUGUUGGUGGUAUUACUUCUCAAAGUUCACAGAAUUCUUUGAUACGAUCUUCUUUGUGCUAAGAAAGAAAUUCGACCACGUAUCAACGUUGCACGUGAUCCACCACGGCGUGAUGCCUAUGUCCGUGUGGUUUGGCGUAAAGUUCACCCCCGGCGGGCACUCCACGUUCUUCGGCCUCCUCAACACCUUCGUUCACAUCAUCAUGUACUCGUAUUACAUGUUGGCAGCUAUGGGCCCCCAUAUGAGGCCGUACUUGUGGUGGAAGAAAUACCUUACUACCUUGCAAAUGGUGCAGUUUGUGGGCAUAAUGGUGCACGCGUUCCAGCUGUUGUUCAUCGACUGCGACUACCCGCGAGCCUUCGUAUGGUGGAUCGGCAUGCACGCUGUCAUGUUCUUCUUCCUCUUCAGAGACUUCUACUACCAGUCCUACUCCAAACCAAAGGUUCGCGCGAGAUCGCCGCAGCCAAUCACGACGGAGAUUGAAGAGUUGAAAAUGCCGUACAAGAACGGUUCGCUGAAGAACGGCUUCAGUAACGGGCACACGAACGGGCUAGUGCGAGCGCGGACGGUUUUGCCCGCGGGCAACUGACCGCGUCGCCCCUCCAAAUAGACCACACGCCUGUAGACCGACUGAUAACACAUAACCCCACUUGAAAAACACGUGGAAAAUUUGUUACGUAUGUUUUCAUUUAACAUAAAGAUACCCUUAGUAUGAGAUCAGUACACGUGAAGUCGUUGUCGAAUAUCGAAACUCUUACGCGGACGUCAAAGUCAUUACAAUGUUAAGAUCCAAAAAAUACUCCAGGUGUUAGAAAUAUGUAAAGAGCGUAAUUCUAAAGGAUUCUGCGUCGACGAGUAAAAAAUGUAUAUUGCCCCAACGGAUUUGUCUUUUUCAGAUUAGACUAAUGUUCCUUAGCCUACUAGGUACAGGUCUCCUUUUUUAUAGAGGAGAGGAUAUUAGAAUUACUUUUGAGAUCAUUUGAACCCUCCACGCUGCAUCGGUUUUGUUUUGGUUCGAUCGUAUUCGUUUCCGACUCCAAAUUUAUUUUCGUGCAAAUUUCAUACUAUGGGUUUUGGCACCCUGAUUAUCUAUGACGUUCAAAUCGUAUGAUACUCACAACUAAAUUUUAUGACGUCAAACAUGAAAAUUGUUAUAAGAUUUUAAUGUCAUAUAGAAUUAGGGCCCUGGAUAUUUGCCACAAUUAGGUAGCUCAGAUUUAUAGCACUUGUAUACAAGGAAAAAUGUAAGACUUGUGAAUUAAGAUUGUCGCUUGCAGUGCUUAGACUAACAGUUUUGAAUUCAAUUAAAUACCCUACGUUUAAAUCAGGGAUGGCGAACGGAAAUGAAAAUUUUGGACACGCCGUUAAUUGAGAAUAUGUUAUCCUAUUCAUAAAAGUAACUUAUUUUAACAAUUUAUAACAAAAUAUCACUUCACUCGUCGUUAUGUUGCAUUAUCUUGUUUGCUAGAUAAUUUAUAUAUUCUAAAAUGUAAUCGAAAGUGUCGACCUUAUAAAGUGCGCGAUAAUAUCACAAUUUUUUUUUAUUUUGUGAACGCGUAACUCUGUAAGUACAAGUUGAGUAAAUAUACUUAAAAAUACUCAUAGCCAUUAAUCACUUAUAACCUAAGAUGGUUCAUUUGCAGUGGCAAGAAACGUUAUUUUUUUUUUUUAUAAAACUUUAAAAAAUGUUUGCCAUCCCUGGUUUCACGCCAUUUUUUUAUAUAACAUUAGUGUAUUCAACGGGCAGGAAACGUAACCUAAAUAGCCCCUUUCUAAUUAGGCAAUUAUUUAACAUGUCAGAUGAACACUGACUGUGUUAAUGGCGACAGACUACAGCUGUUGGACAUACAACAACUGUAUUUUGACUUUUUAAUAAAAACCUUAGCAAGCUUUAAUAAAAAUAACUGCCUAGCUUUGCAAGACUUAUAACUGCAUAGAAACAUACACUCUAAUUUUCUUUUCAGGAUAGGAAGCAAAAAAAUUAUAUUUACAAACAUUUUUUUUUACGUCGUACGUGUACAUUUUUAAUUUGUAUUUAAUAUUUUAAAAAAAAUAUUGCAAAAUCAGUAUUGAAAAGGUUAUAAUUUAACGACUUUGUUGUAUUCAAAUAACCGUUUAAAAGUCGAGUGAAGGUCACUUCCAUUUUCAAAACUGAAAAACGUUGUGUGUGACUUAUGUAUAUUUAGAAACGAGUGUUAUAUGCCUAAAUUUAAGAAUUAUAUGUUUGGAUACAAAGGCAUAUUCGAUUUUCUAUAAAUUUUCAUUUUUUGUAUUAAAGAGGAAUUUCUACAUAUUUGACAUGGUGUUUUUGAUACGGGCUAUUUUAAUGCAUAACGGAAUGUAAGUGCACAUCUCUUAUUAAGUUUUUACUCCAUUUUAUAACUUAAAUCGUAAAAGACAUUGAAUAUUGUAUUAAAACGACUAAUAUUUUUUAUGAACUUUUUAGCGUAAGAGCGUUUAUGCAUUAUCCGAUCUAAUGAUAAUUUUUGAUAUACGUAAAGUACUGCUCAACUAAGCUGAUUAGACGAAAGAGAAGAAAUUGGUUCUCUAGCCAUGCCUUACAUUACCACUAAGGCUGGUUUCACUCCGCACUUUAAGCCGAGUGUCAAUAACUCAAGGACGCGCGUGUUUAAUUUUCGUGAUUGUUUAUUUUUGAUUUCUCUUUUCAGUGUUUUGUUUAACGCGCGUGUUUAAGUUUCGUGAUUGUUUAUUUUUGAAUUCCAUUUUCCGUGUUUUGUUUACGGUUUGACAAUUUAAUAACUUUGUUUGCCAGACUAGCAAGGAAAGACCAGACGUUAAAUGUUGUCACGUCACUUGCUAGUCAAAUAU